AUGGAGUCUAGAAACAUUAGUGAAGAAAAAGAAUUGUUCAAAUGUGCCAUGAAAGGUGAAUGGAACACUGUUAUAAGCAUAUACGAGAAGGAUCCCUCGGUCCAUGUGGCUAAGAUCAUAAGAUCAGGCGACACCGCAUUGCACAUAGCCGUCUCCAACGUCCAAGAAGCCGUAGUAGAACAGCUAGUGGAUUCGGUUUCGGCCCACGGUGAACCACCGAAAGCCUUGGAAAUCCGGAACGAGCAGGGGAAUACCCCGCUGCACGUCGCGGCUUCGCUAGGGAACGCAAGGAUGUGCAUAUGCCUUGUGAGAGUGGAGCCGUUUUUGCUCCAGAUUCAGAACUUCCAAGGAGAAACACCCAUGUUCGUGGCUGCUCUACACGGCAAGAAGGACGCUUUUCUUUGCCUUAACUCCUACUGUCGAAGCCAGGAAGAAGGGUAUUCUUAUUGCAGAAGAAAUGACGGUGAAAAUGUUCUUCACUGUGCCAUAUCUGGAGACUAUUUUGAUUUGGCAUUUCAAAUCAUUUACCAUUAUCAAGAUCUUGUCAAUUAUGUAAACGACAAGGGAAUAUCAGCCCUGCAUCUCUUGGCUAGCAACCCGACCGCCUUCCGAAGCGGUAGCCAUCUCGGUCGUUUCAGCCAGCUUAUCUAUCAUUGUAUAAUCGUCGAACCGCUUAAGGUGGAACCAUCAUUUCAACUAUCUGCAAGCUAUGGCCAAUCUAAGGGAUCAAAGGAAAGGACGAUGAGAAAUAGUUAUCCCGGCAAUUACCAAACAUGCAUGCACUUGUUGCACCUGCUAAAGCAGCUGGUUCAAGUAGUGACAAAAAGUUCACAGAACACAAACAAGAGACGAGAUGUGGUUGAAAACCUUGAAGCUCCUAAUGCCGCCUCCGAGACCAUACCCAAAGGAGAUGGACAUCAAUUCGUUCCUCCCAAUUAUGUCACCUUCAUUGAUUUCGUCAAGUUGUUAUCCAAAGCAAUUUUGGUUAUACUCGGAUUAGGAUCACAGAGAAUUAGGAAGUUAAGGGAGAAGAAACAGAAGCAUACUUGGGCUGUCCAGAUCAUGAAUGAACUUCUGCAACAUGUUUCUAUGUACCAGUAUGAAGACAAUGGCUGUCGGCCCCAGCUAUCGUUAUACGAUUCCGACGAGACAAAGCCUUAUGAAAUCACAGAAGUAGGAGACGUUAAAAUGCUUGCCUGUUGUGAUGAUUCACAUCCAGCUAAACAACGUGAUAAAAUUAAGGGAAAAAUUUCAAAAGGUGAAAAGGAGAAAACCAAAGAAGCCGCGAAAAGAGAGACAACGAUAUUGAUUGCGGCGAAGAACGGAAUCACGGAAAUGGUGGAUGAAAUCCUACAACGUUUUCCGGUGGCGAUCCAUGAAACCAACUCGGAGAAGAAGAACAUAGUGUUGCUUGCGGUGGAGAACCGGCAGCCUCACGUAUACGAGCUCUUGCUUAACAAAAACAUCAUGAAAGACAGCGUUUUCCGAGCGGUGGAUCAUAACGGAAAUAGUGCACUGCACCUUGCCGCAAUGCUGGGUGAUCACAGGCCUUGGCUCAUCCCCGGCGCUGCUUUACAAAUGCAAUGGGAAAUCAAGUGGUAUGAGUUUGUCAAGCAUUCCAUGCCCGCCCACUUCUUCACUCGUUACAAUAAGGACAACAAGACCCCAAGGGACAUAUUCACCGAGACACACAAACACCUCGUUGACAAGGGUGGCGAAUGGCUAACCAACACCUCCGAAUCGUGCUCCGUCGUGGCAGCAUUGAUCGCGACCGUGGCAUUCGCCACAUCAACCACCGUGCCAGGAGGUGUGAAUUCGGAGAGUGGAACGCCGACCUUGGAAAAUCAUCCGGCAUUCGAUGUCUUCGCCAUCUCAUCCCUCAUCACUCUUUGCUUCUCCGUGACGGCCGUGGUGAUGUUCUUAUCGAUACUAACAUCUCGGUAUCAAGAGAGGGAUUUCGGCAUAGAUUUGCCCCGGAAGCUUUUGCUGGGGUUGACGUCGCUGUUCGUAUCGAUAGCGUCGGUGUUGGUUUCGUUCUGCGCGGGACAUUUCUUUAUUUUGAAAGAUAAGUUGAAGUACGCUGCGUUCCCGGUGUAUGCGGUUACUUGCCUGCCUGUGACGCUCUUUGCCAUAGCGCAGUUUCCUCUUUAUCUUGAUCUGGCUUGGGCGCUCUUCAAGAAGGUGCCGCAGCGUAGCUACAAAGCUGUUCCUCUCUAGUCUCCACUCUCUCUUAUC